AUGGGAACCCCGCAAAAGGAGAAUGAAAGCAAGGGUUUCUUUUCCGCAAUGUCUUCCCGGUUUUCUCUCUUCAGCAACGCUAUGCACCGAUCUGUUAACGGGCUUCUUGGAUAUGAAGGUGUAGAAGUCAUAAACCCAGAGGGUGGUAAAGAUGAUGUAGAUGAUGAAGCUCAGAGAGGAAGAUGGAAACCCGAGGAAAGAGAUGGUUACUGGAAAAUGAUGCAGAAUUAUAUUGGUGCAGAUGUAACUUCACUGGUUACACUGCCGGUUAUUAUAUUUGAACCGAUGACUAUGAUUCAAAAAAUAGCUGAGUUGAUGGAGUACUCCCACUUGUUAGAUGAAGCUGAUAAAUCAGACGAUCCUUAUAUGCAGUUGGUGUAUGCAUCGUCCUGGGCUAUAUCUGUGUACUUUGCAUACCAACGGACCUGGAAGCCUUUUAAUCCUAUCCUUGGAGAGACUUAUGAAUUGACUAACCAUAAUGGAAUUACAUUCCUUGCGGAACAGGUUAGUCAUCAUCCCCCAAUGAGUGCUGGGCAUGCCGAGAACGAACAUUUUACAUAUGACGUAACUUCAAAGUUAAAAACUAAGUUUUUGGGGAAUUCUGUUGAUGUGUACCCUGUUGGAAGAACGCGGGUGACCCUUAAGAGGCACGGUGUAGUCUUAGAUUUGGUGCCACCUCCUACAAAGGUUAACAACUUGAUAUUUGGCCGGACUUGGAUUGAUUCACCUGGGGAAAUGAUAAUGACAAAUUUGACAACCGGAGACAAAGCCGUACUUUACUUUCAACAAUGUGGAUGGUUUGGUGCUGGUCGCUAUGAAGUGGAUGGUUAUAUUUAUAAUUCUUCUGAAGAGCCUAAAAUUUUGAUGACUGGGAAGUGGAAUCAGUCAAUGAGUUAUCAACCUUGUGAUUCAGAAGGAGAGCCUCUUCCAAACACAGAGUUGAAAGAGGUUUGGCAUGUUGCUGAUGUUCCUCCAAAUGAUAAAUUCCAGUACACACAUUUUGCCCAUAAAAUAAACAGCUUUGACACUGCUCCAAGAAAGUUGUUGGCAUCAGAUUCACGUCUACGCCCGGAUAGAUAUGCACUCGAGAUGGGCGAUCUGUCCAAAUCCGGGGCUGAAAAGAGCAGUUUGGAGGAGAGACAGCGUGCUGAAAAGAGAGCUCGGGAGGAAAAAGGGCAUAAAUUUUCACCAAGAUGGUUUGAAUUAACUGAAGAAGUGACAUCAACUCCUUGGGGUGAUUUGGAAAUUUACCAAUAUAAUGGUAAGUACGCCGAACAUCGGGCUGCUGCAGAUAACUCUGGUAGUGUUGUUGAUGAUGUUGAUGUUAAAUCAAUAGAAUUCAAUCCAUGGCAGUAUGGUGACUUGGCCACGGAAUGA